GAAAGGAAUCGCGUGCAGCGGUAUCUGGAGCCACCUUGUCCAAAAAGACUGGCUUCGCCCCUAAAGAAAAUCAAGCCAAUCGAAGAAAAAAUGCAAUGAUCCCCGCGUCAUUGGCCAAGUAUAUGGUCUCCGAAAUUGUCGACGAUGACGCGCAAGUACCUCAGUGUCUCUGCCACUUACAACAUCUUGCAAGCGGCUGUUUUCGAAGGCCAGAAUUGUAUGCAGCCUGAAAUCUUGAAACAAUGCGGUCUCCUUGAUUUGUGGUUACAGUUGGCUUUUUUUUUUUCAUUGUUCUCUUCUUUCUUCCCCUUUUUCUCCAAUAUUUUUGAACCACAUACGCACUGUAUCAUGUGAUAUUUCUUUGUUUUUGUUUUUUGUUUUUCUUGUGUUCUUUGUUCAGCAAUUCUUUCUUGCUUCUUCUUUUUAUGACGAUUGCCACUGAACAGCUAUAUGCGAUCUCUUCCGCUUUCAUUUUCAUUUCGCAAUACACUUUUCAGUUUCGCAUCCUUUUUUUUUCCUUAUCUGAAUCACACAUUUCAUUUUGCACAUUUCAUGCUCAACCAGACGUCGCUUCAAGGGCUGUCCCAAACUGCCUACCAGUUCAAAAAAGGUAGAACCAACCCGGUUUUCAGUGACCGGCGACCCGAUAAGGCACCCUACACAGCCUCCGCAAAAAAAGUGAACGAAAACAUCAAAGAUUACAAGACAACAGGCGCCGAGGAGACGGCUGUCAAAAUCUAUAGUCAUAUAAUCAAUCAACAUGCCUUUCACGGGUCGAUGUUAUUGGGCGACUAUCUAAACCUAUGCUCCGAACAGUCCCUGAUUGUCAAGUUCUGGGGAUAUCUCUUCUUUGAAGCCUUCAUGUCAAGAAACGGCGAUGGGUUCCUGCAAUGGUGUGACCCUAUUUCCGAAAGCUGCAAGAGCAAUCAAACCCAAUGCAAAAUGGAUACCAUCCAAGCUUUGCAAUCUGUAGGAAUCUUGGAUGCUGCUCUGACCAGAGAACACCUUCUUAGAAGACUCUGUGGUGCAAAUCGCUUGUUGGUCAUGGUGGAAAAAGCCUGAUCUACGGCUAAUUAUUGGUGGCUUCCCAACUUUUGACAUCGGCGAGGGCGAAUUCGCGAGGUGCAAGGCUGUCACCGAAACGUUGUACCACUACGUGGGCUGC